GACGCCGGUACGGAGUUGGCGGGAAUACUCGGCAAUCUCCUUCUUGUUAAACUUUUAUGCGAUUUAUUAGUUUGCAAGAUGCACGCGUUUCUGAAAACGGGAAAAUUAGGCGCAGCAGAGGCGAAGAAGCCCUCGACGUCGAAGGGUAAGGAGAGCAAUGCUCGGGCUAAAGCCACACCUUGGGUUGAGAAAUACCGACCCAAGACAGUAGAAGAUGUCGUUGAGCAAGGAGAAGUUGUUGAAGUCUUGCGACAAUGUUUAUCAGGUGGAGAUUUCCCUAAUCUUCUGCUUUAUGGGCCACCUGGUACAGGUAAAACCAGUACGAUUCUAGCUGCAGCGAGGCAACUUUUUGGGAGUAUGUUCAAGGAGAGAAUAUUAGAGCUCAAUGCUUCUGAUGAAAGAGGAAUUCAAGUUGUCAGAGAAAAAGUUAAAAAAUUUGCUCAGCUUACAGCUGGUAACACAAGGCCAGACGGCAAACCUUGUCCACCAUUCAAAAUAAUAAUUCUUGAUGAGGCGGACAGUAUGACUGAUGCAGCCCAGUCAGCUUUAAGGAGAACAAUGGAAAAAGAAUCUCAAACAACUCGAUUUUGUCUCAUUUGUAAUUACGUUUCACGAAUCAUAGAACCCCUAACGUCACGUUGUACAAAAUUUAGAUUUAAGCCUCUUGGAGAGGAAAAAAUUAUCGAAAGACUAGAGUAUAUUUGUGGAGAAGAGGACUUAAAAGCCGAAAAAAGCGUACUCAAGUUAGUUGUUGAUGCUUCUGGAGGAGAUUUGAGAAGAGCAAUAACUUGUUUACAAUCUGUUACAAGGCUCAAGGGAAUCGGAAUAGAAGUAACCAACAAUGAUGUACUAGAAGUAACUGGUGUGGUUCCAACAAAAUGGCUUGACGAUUUAUUAAGAGUUUGCGAAACGAAAAACUACAACGAAGUUGAAGCUUAUGUCGAUAAAUUUAUGCUAGAGGCUUAUUCAGCGAGUCAGGUCGUGGAUCAAUUGAACGACAUCGUUAUUUAUUCAAAUACACUUACAGACAAGCAAAAAGCUUAUAUUGGGGAGAAACUGGGGGAAUGCAGCUAUAGAUUGCUGGAAGGAGGAAGUGAAUAUGUACAGUUUAUGAGUCUUUGUUGCGGCAUAAUGCAGGCGUAUGAAAUACGAUGAUGCGCGAUAUUUUAGAAACGAUAGUUUUUACAAUUCACUUUUGAUCAUAUUGAUUGUUCAUUGAAUCAUUAUCUUUCGUACAAGUUGCCUAUGGAGAUUUGUGCAUUUGCAAAUUUUGGCACAACCAUUACACGUUGUUCUAACUUCGUUCAACACGUCAUUUGUAUUUUUAAUUAAUUGAGCUAAUUAAAUUGUAAAAACGUAAGAUUUCGUCGUAGGAUAUUUAUUAUAUAUAAUCUAAGUCCACCGAUAAAAUUACAGCUCAUGCGUUAUCAAUCGCGGAUACACAAUGAUCGUCAACUAUUGUAUACCGCCGUACAUUGUAAGACAAGAGACAAAAAAGAAAACGCAGUUUAAAAAGUAA